GCCUUACUGUGGACAGCACACUCUGCCCAAUUUUAAUAUACCAAAAAAAGUAUGUCCUAUAUCUCUAUUCAUGCAUGCAAGUGCUUUCUCUAUGCAGUAUUCCAUGUUCACAGGCUACAUUCUAGGAAUUAUUUCUGGAAAUGAGGUUUGACCAGAAAGAUGGUGAAUCAAUGGCAAAUAUGAAACUGCAGAUCCAUUUUGCAAAGUUAGAAGUUGUUAAUAAACAAAUGAAAGGUUUUAGUAAGCGUGCAAUCAGCAAAAAGAGAUAAAAUCCAUGACUGCAUGCCACCAGGCCUUGUGCUCAACACACUACUAUUAUUUUAUAUAUGGCACCACUUUCUGCUCAGGGUGAUUAUUUAUUAGACAUCCUGCUCUAUAUAUAACCAUCAGAGGGAAUAUUGAAUCUUCAUAAACAAGAAGUCAUCCUUUCUCAAACAAUUCCUUAAAGAUUUCUUAAUGGCUGCUCAAAACGAUGUCCAACUUACUGUCAUUAAAGAACAUGAUAACCCGAACCAAAACGAAGUACCUGAAGAAGAUUUUGACUACUCCCAAAGGGCACAAUGGCUUAGAGCUGGUAUAUUAGGAGCCAAUGAUGGAUUGGUUACAACUGCAUCUUUGAUGAUGGGAGUUGGAGCUGUCCAAAAAGACGUUAACGCCAUGAUCCUAGUCGGCUUUGCAGCAUUGUUUGCUGGUGCUUGUAGCAUGGCCAUAGGAGAGUUUGUUUCUGUGUACUCUCAACUAGACAUAGAGUUAGCUCAAAUUAAGAGAGAGAACACAAUAAGAGGACAGAAUCAUGAAGAACAAGGAGAAGAAGACAAGAAGGAAGGACUCCCAAAUCCAUUUCUGGCAGCCAUAGCUUCAGCUGUUGCAUUUUCAUUGGGUGGCAUAAUACCAAUACUUGCUGCUGGAUUUAUAUCUAAUCAUAAGGUCAGAAUGGCUGUGGUGGUGGCUGCAGUGAGCUUGGCAUUGUUUGUAUUUGGAGGGGUUGGUGCUGUUCUUGGCAGAACUCCUGCAGUGAGGUCUUGUGCCAGAGUUUUAAUUGGUGGUUGGAUGGCUAUGGCCAUUACUUUUGGGCUUACCAAACUGAUCGGCUCUGCUGGAAUGGAGAUGUGAUUGAAACUUUAUGUUCCUGUCUCUUUUCCUAGUUUAGAGUCAUCUGUUUAAGAAAUUUCUGUACUGUUAGACUAAAUCUCCUGGAUAAGACUUGAAUAAAUGCAAGAAAUCUUUGUCUUA